CUAACACUACUAGCAACAGUUGAGCAAUGCAAGUCUAACACAAAGUUAAAAAAAAAAACAUUUAUUUAUAAUAAUUAUAUUAUCCGAUUCAGAAUUGUGUGGACUGGAAACUCCUCUGUCCCCAAACAGGACGAUGAAGGAACUGGGCUUGGUUUCAAUGAUGCUGAUGGCAGAGUUGUUGGACGUGAUCGUCAACACUCUAAGCAAAGCAGCCAUGAAGAAGGGCAUGAAUGACUUUGUAUUCAUCAUGUACUCCAAUGCCUUCGCUGCAUGCCUCCUCCUUCUCUUAGCCUUAUUCUUUUAUAGGAAAAGAACACUUCCGCCACUCUCCUGUAACACCCUUGGCCUAUUCCUUGUUGUUGGCAUGCUCAGGUACUUAUUUACUUCACUUAGUUACAAUUACAAUUUGAGUUUCAUGAAGGAAUUUAUGGUACUUCGUGUUCCCUUUUUUUCCCUUUGUCUUGCCUCUUGCAGUUGCAUUAAUCAGUCGAUCAAGUUUUUCGGCAUAGGUUACAGCUCUCCAACUUUGGCCUCAGCACUGUCCGAUUUGGUGCCCGCCUUUACCUUCAUACUUGCCGUCAUCUUCAGGAUGGAAAAAUUAGAUUGGAAAGCUAAUAGCACUCUGGCCAAGUCCAUUGGCACAGUGGUAUCGAUCGCUGGGGCAUUGUUAUUGUCUUUGUACAAAGGCCAAGCCAUCAUAAAUAAUAAUCCACCUUUUAAAUUGUUCCCUCAAAAACUUGUCUCAUCCAUGCAAUUUGACUGGGUAUUUGGGGCACUGUUGCUUGCAGCUCAUAGCUGUUUUCUCUCAAUAAACUACAUUCUUCUGACACGGAUAGUGAGAGAAUACCCUGCAGAACUGGUGGUGGUACUCAGUCGCAUUGCAUUAACAUCUAUACUAUCUGUUCCUGCUGCACUGAUUUCAGUAAAGGAUCUAAAAGCUUUGAGACUGGGAUUUAAUAUGGAGCUUAUAGCUAUUGGAUGUUCAGCAAUUUUUGUCUUAUCCUUUCGAGGUGUUAUCCAUAUAUGGAUCAUGGGGAAGAGGGGCCCUGUCUAUGUUGCAAUGUUUAAGCCACUCGAAAUUGUCUUCGCAGUCAUCUUGGGGGUUACUUUUCUUGGGGACUCUCUUUAUAUUGGAAGUGUGAUCGGAGCUGCCAUAAUAGUUGUUGGUUUUUAUGCUGUUAUUUGGGGGAAAAGUCAAGAGAAGGUGGAGGAAGAUUGUACAGUCUGCAGCUCUGAGUCAUAUGAUAAUGAGGUCCCUCUUUUACAGAACAAGAGAACGGGGGAAUAAAAUCUUCAGGAAAUGAUAUAUAUACUUUCUGCUUGUAAGCAAAGACCGAUGGCAGAAAAAUUUCAAUAUUCUUGUUUCCUCUAAAUCUGUUUCCCUGGGCCUGCAAGAAAUAGAUAUUGGUCACCGAGGACAUGAAUAGAAAGAUUGCAUAAUUUGCACAAGAUAUUGAUUUUUUGGGUGCCACUUAUUCCCUACAUCCACCGAGAAGGGUCAGAGCGGAUUACAAUUUUCUGCCAUUGCUGAGUUGAAUGCACACAAAUAUCAAUCAGUUUGACCUUUCCUUCUUUAUUUGGUUCUUGUGGACUUUCGGAUUUCACCUCCAGUUGUUGUAUAGAUCAUCUACCAAUAUUAUGGAAUGUGCUGUGAAAUAAUUAAUUUUAGUUCUUAACAAGAGAAUCUACAACAAUGCAUAAUUUGUUAUGUAUGUGAAGUGUUGUUUUUGUUAUCAAUUAUUGUAGUUAUUUUAUGUUUAUUCAUUUUAAAGGAA